AUGAUGUCAAAAUGGUGCGAAACACCAGGUGCUGAAGGCGUUGAAGAUAUAAUUCGUCAGUCCACUAUAAUCUUCAUGCCGGAGAUACCAUUCACCCAGUUGGCUUGUCAUGAUUACAAUACAAUCGCACCAUUCCAACCAUUACUGGAUCACAUUUCGAAAGAGGUGCCCCAGAUCGACUAUGUGGUGCUCUUUGGAAGUGGUGGACUCAAGGUACGGUACGUCAAAGCUGGUGCAGGUGUGGCGGAUCGUCUGGCUCACACGUACAAACUGUUCCACAUGCAAAUGUCCACUGCUUCUGAGGAUAUGUGCCCAAGGGGUGGGAUGUCUGGUCAAAGUCAUGUGUUGGGUGCAUUUGAGUGGAACACCACGGCUCCGUUAUCGAGGACUCCGGACGCGUUGCUUGUCCAGACCGGCUGCUGUUACGAAGAACGAGGAUCGGGGCACUUAUACGCGGAAAACCGAGAAAGCAUAGUGGCGAUGAUGAAUGAAAGGCUGAAAGGCGUUCGUCUGGUCGGCGAUGACGUAUCGCUGGCCCUGCGCGCGGAUAACGGAGAGCUACACACGCUUAAAAUGACUACAAACCACUACGGUGCAGCGUUUGUCGGCCUUCCGAAUGGCACACAUCAUGUUCAAGUGAUGAAAGGCGAACAACUUUAUGCAGAAUUCAAUGUCCAGGUUUGCUUGAAUGUUUCAAUUUGUUCAACACAUAGAAAAAAAAUCAGUAUUGCUGGAGCCGAUCUUGACUGA